UGGAGCUGUGCUUGGAGUGCAACUGUAUUUGUCUACAUUUCCCCAAACUAUAGUUCUACACACUUCACAGUCCGAGGACACAACAUAAACUGAGGGUUCCAUCUUUCACACAGGGUUCUCCGGGUGGUGGGAAUAAAAAUCAGCACACCGGUCCUUUAGCCUCCUCUCACCUUCACAAGAUCCGGAAUGCGCGCGCAGCACUGGCCCCUUAAGUUAGACGAAGCGGCAAUGCCGCGGUGCAUGCUGGGAACUGGAGUUCAUGGCUGUGUGUGGUGCUGGACGACAUUCACCAGAACACUACAAGUCCCAUAAUGCAUCACUUCCUUCCGGUUUGGCAGGGUUUCUGUCGACGUGGGAAAAGGGAGUCUACAAUACACACACGCGCGCGCGCACUUCUAAAGUAUGUGAACGCACACACAGUGACAUGCGAGAUACACGCACGCGCUGAUAUGUGGCUCAAACCGGAAGAGGUGCUUCUGAAAAACGCACUGAAAUUAUGGGUGACGGAAAAGUCCAACGAUUAUUUCAUCCUGCAGCGGAGGAGAGGACACGGAGACAGCAGCGCAGGACUGACAGGUCUCCUGGUUGGGACGUUGGACACAGUGUUUGACUCCACAGCAAAAGUGGCUCCAUAUCGCAUUUUACACCAAACACCUGAUUCACAGGUGUACUGGAACAUCGCUUGUGGAGCAUCUCUGGAUGAGAUCUCACAGCACUGGGAUUGGUUGCAGCUCAACAUCAUGAGAACUCUCUCUGUGUUUGACUCUGGUGAUGACAUCACCAGCUUUGUUCAGGGCAAGAUUAGAGGGUUAAUCGUGGAGGAGGAUAAGGUGAGUGCUGAGGACCCUGAGCGUUUCCGAGAGGCUGCGCUACGAUUCGAGCACUUGUUCAGUUUGCCUAAGAAGGAGAAACUAGUGACCUACUUCUCCUGCAGUUACUGGAAAGGCCGUGUCCCAAAUCAGGGCUGGAUCUACCUCAGCACUAACUUCCUGUGUUUCUACUCCUACUUACUGGGCAAUGAGGUGAAGUUGGUGUUCUCCUGGUGUGAGGUGAGCAGGUUGGAGCGCUCCUCGAGUGUGUUGUUAACGGAGUGUAUCCGUGUGUGUGUGAAAGAGGAGGAUCACUUCUUCUCCAUGUUCCUGCGGCUGCAGCACACCUACGAGCUCAUGCAGCAGCUUGCUGACUAUGCAAUCACGCGUAUGUUCGACAAGGAGACGUACAACGCACAACACCCGCUCAGAGACCCGCUACACAUCACCCAAAGGUCUCUGGAGGUGCACAUGAGGAAUCAGGCGUUCCGCUCGUUCUUUCGUCUUCCACGCAGUGAAAAUCUGUGUGAAGUGCAUGAGUGUUUCCUCUGGCUGCCGUUUAACCAUACACACACACUUGGGAAGAUCUGUGUGUCCGAGCGAUAUGCGUGCUUCUCCAGCCAGGAUGGAAACCAGUGUACUGUCAUCAUCCCACUGUGUGAGGUGGUGAGCGUGGAGCUUCCAGACCGCAGCAGUCGUGCAUUGAGUGUGUGUGUACGCUGUAAACGAACUUUCCGUUUCUCAGAGGUUCGUGAUUUGGACCGUUUGGCCUCCACCCUUCGCAAGUGUGUGACAUCAUUGAGUCCUCAACAUUCCCACAGUGCUCAGCUCUCUCUGUGUGAGGAGGAGGAGGAGAUGAUGGUGGGUCAGGUUCCAGCUGUCAGCACUGAGGCUCUGAUGAACGUUUUCCAUCCACAUGAUGCUGAAAAUCUCGACCCGAAAAUGUUGAAAGAGCGAAUGAAGGAACAGUCGUGGCAGAUCCAUUUUGCAGAGUAUGGCCGAGGCAGUGCCAUGUUCCGGACCAGGAAAACCCGAGAGCUCAUCACCCAUGGACUUCCAGAAACACUCCGUGGAGAACUGUGGAUGCUUUUCUCAGGUGCAGUGAAUGAAAUGGCCACACACCCUGGGUAUUAUGCGUCUCUGGUGGAUGAAAGUGUGUGUGUUAGCAGUUCAAUAGCGUGUGAUGAGAUUGAGCGUGACCUGCACCGCUCACUUCCUGAACACCCCGCUUUCCAGAGCGACCGGGGCAUAUCUGCACUCCGCAGAGUGCUAACGGCAUAUGCUAACCACAACCCUGCUAUCGGCUACUGUCAGGCAAUGAAUAUCCUGGCAUCGGUGUUGUUGCUGUAUGCGAGUGAGGAGGAGGCGUUCUGGCUGCUCGUGUCUGUGUGUGAGAGGAUGCUGCCGGAUUACUUCAACCGCAGGAUUAUUGGUGCCCUGGUGGACCAGGCAGUGUUUGAGGAGAUGAUGCGUGAUCACCUGACCCAGCUGACAGAUCACAUGACUGAGCUGUCAUUCCUCUCAUCAUUGUCGUUGUCAUGGUUUCUGACACUCUUCAUCAGUGUGUUACCAAUCGAGAGCUCCGUCAGUGUGCUCGACUGCUUCUUCUACGAUGGAAUCCGAUUCAUCCUCCAACUUGCCCUCACUGUCAUACACAGCAACAUGUCCCGGCUCCUCUGCUGCCAUGACGACGCUGAGGCCAUCACUGCCCUUAACAGGUUUUUUGAUGGUGUGGUGAAUAAGGACAGUCCACUUCCAGCCACUGUACAGCAGGCCACUGCAGCAGCCAAUCACAGCACAGAUCAGGAAACUGUCGACAUCAGCCACCUCAUCAAAGAGGCCUACGAGAGAUUUGGUGAUAUUCGGUGGGAGGAUGUGGAGAACAUGCGUAAACGCAACAAACUGUACGUUAUUCACACACUUGAAGAGACGACAAAACAAAAUGUUUUACGAGUUGUUGCUCAGGAUGUGAAGUUUAAUAUCUCUCAGCUGGAGGAGCUGUACUUACUGUUUAAGAGGCAGCACUUCCUCAGCUGUUACUGGUCAGUGUGCAGUCCAUCUCUGCUGAAUCACGACCCGAGUCUGCCGUAUCUCGAUCAGUACCAACUGGACGUGGACCAGUUCAGUUCACUCUUCACCCUACUGUUACCAUGGAAACAUGCACACAAACACGCUCUGGUGCGCUCAGCGUUCCGGCUCGCAGACAACAACGGAGAUGGACUCAUCAACUUCAAAGAGUUCAUAUGCUUGCUGGACGUCCUCUACAAUGGCUCAUUUACAGAAAAGCUCAAGUUACUCUUUAAGCUUCAUCUCCAAACAGAGCAUGCCGACGAUGGAGUGAUAAGGAAAAGUCCAGAAAGAGCUCGUGGGAAGGUGGAUCUGCAGGAGUACCUGAAACAGUGGCAGGACGAGUUACAGAAGAAAGAGGAGAACAUCAAAGACCUGCCUCGAAUUAAACAGGCCGAGUUUGUCCUCCUGUCUAAGACUUUGUACAACAUUUUCCAUGGCGAUCAGGAGGAGGAGCUUCUGUAUCGUGCCGUUGCCCGGGUAACUAGCUUGUUGCUGCAAAUGGAGGAGGCAGGGCGAAAACUGCAGAUCAGCCCAUCAGGAGCCUAUGCACAGGCCACGCCCCCAACACCACAACAAGCAGGCAGCACUUCCCCUCAGACACCUGGGUCUCUGUCCACUGAUCCUUUCCCUUCUCCUGAAACAGGCUCCGCCUCCUCAGCUACAAGCAGCCCGACAGGGACAGGCAGCUCAGCCAAGACCACACCCCCAGGUACACCCUCUCCCUCAGAUGGGGGUGUUGAUUGGAGCUUCUCGUUUGAGCAGAUUCUUGCAUCGUUACUGAAUGAACCGUGUGUCGUCACGUUCUUUGAGAGGACCACAGACACACACGUGCUCAUUACACACGCGCGCACACACCAGCUCACAUGCGUGCCCUGAGUACACACACACACACACACGAUGAAGUAAAAUGUCUAGCUGUAGAAAUCAAUUAUUAAAAAUUUGAGCUCAUAAACAUUUACAUUAAGGAAUAUGCAAAUUAAGUACUGUAAUUGGAGAUCAUGGCUAAUGAAUUUACUUGAUUUUCCUGGUUGGGGGUGUGUGUGCGCGUGUGUGAGUGAAAGAGGAGACAGAUGGUGCUUUGAUGGUUAAUCUUGUAACGUGUGUUACACCGUUGUCCGUUUUGAAAAUGUAAAUGAGCCUGUGUUAGUGUUGUGGCAGUGUAUAUAUAAAUAAGGAGUGAUGAAUGAAUAUUAAUAAGCAAGAAAUCUCCAAAGUGCUUCAACAUAUUUAUCGCGUGGCUGAUUAGCAUUAUUAGCAUUUAAUCAAUAAAUAUUGAGAAAUGAUCACUUAUUUGUCACAGAUAUUAUUUCACACCAAAUAUUAUUAAUAAAUGAUCUGAAAUGAGAGUAUUUAUCUAGUCUCAGGUGAUGUAUAUUUUAACCAAUAAGUGUGUGUGUGGGAGAGAGACAGACUGAAAUGUCUUUAACACACACAAUCCAGUUUGCCAUAACGAUGACCGAGUGUCAUUCUGUUGAUGGGAUGUGUUUAUAGAAUAUGUAAAUUAACAUAUUGCUGAUCAAGAAUCCGAGAUCUGAAUAUUAAGAUAUUUAUCAUGUGACACAUUAUCAGGGUUUGGAUUGUGUUUUGUUGAUCAUUGUGUUUGAGUAAAAAGGUCAUAAUGUGGGAGUCCUGACAUCAGCUUAAUAUUGCUCAUUGGUUUAUUUUUGUUUUGGGGUUUUUCAGGCUUUAUAUCGAAAAACACACACCAGAAUGGUUAUAAUGUGCUUCAUGUAGUGUGUUUUAGUGUGAGACUGUAUUUUGUCUGUCUGUCUGUGCCUCUCACUGAAGCCACUUUAGUGGAUGUGAUUUAUGUUCCUGUGAAAUAAAGGAGGAAAAUAAAA